GACUUGAACUGCACAACAUAAAGGCACCACAAAAUGUUUGCUCUCUGAUUCCACAUUAAGCCCUUCGGAUUUCUUCCGGAGACUUGGAACUCUUUGGAAGCCAAGGCUUCCACAAUGAAAAGCUUUCUGGCUUUCCUUGUUGCAAUGGGCAUCAUCGUGGCCAUGGGUGAUGCAGCGUGCAGUAUAAUGCCCCAAAGGCCAGGAAAGGUCUACAGAGGCUGUGUGUGGAAUGGAAAACUGUACCCCCUUGGACACAUUGAGAGGACAGAAGAUUGCCUGAGCUGCGACUGCAGCCGAACUGUAAUGACUUGCUGUGCAAAAUUUUUUACUCCGGUUCAGUACGACAAAGAGAACUGUGAAGUCGUUUUCAAUGAAGAAAGAUGUGACUAUGAUGUGGUACAGAAGAACGACCCCUCAAAGAUGUGUUAUCCAGUUGCACGUGUGGGCUAACACAUGGGCUAACAUCUGCUCCAGAUCUCUGCACUGUGGAAUUGCUCCCCUUCCUACACAUGCUUUGCCAUCACAGUGAAGUACAAUGACGUGGGAAAUCUACUUGUUCUAAUUCAGCAUACAAGAUGCGUAAUCACAUACAAUGUCUCCUUUCGGUAAUAUUUGCAUGGGUGUCACUGAGCUCUUUUGACUACAAUAAAUCCAGAUGAAACAUCCGUCAAU